AUGAAGUUUGCUACUGUCCUCGGGUUCCUGACCGUGGGGGCCAUUCCCCUUGCCAUGGCUCUAGGCUCGAAUGAUGCCGCAGAAAUUGCCAGCGGCUCAAUGCCAAUCUACGGCGAUGAUACCGCGUCAGUUGCCUUCCGACGAGCCAUGGACCCCUCAGCCGCUCGUUCCAGAUAUACUGGAUUCAAUCAGUCGACUGAGGUGCUCAAGAAAGGAUCUAUCCGCCGCCACGGAGCCAAGGCCUUAGUCAGUGAUAUACUCUUUGAGCGCGACGUACCCAUGAAGUUGCGGGACGGAACCACAAUAUACACUGAUGUCUUCCGCCCUGUUGGCAAUCGCCCAGUCCCAGCCAUUAUUGCCUGGAGUCCCUACGGCAAAGAAGUCGGCGGUCAAUGGCUUGAUGACGUCACUGACCGAUCCGGCGUCCCGCUAUCGGAGGUAUCCGAGCUUCAAAAGUUCGAGGGCCCUGAUCCCGCGUAUUGGGUUGCACAGGGCUAUGCCGUGUUGAACCCCGAUGCCAGAGGUGCUGGUUCCUCAGAAGGAAACAUCACCUUUUGGGGACGCCAGCUCGCGGAAGAUGGCUAUGACUUCGUCGAAUGGACCGCAGAGCAGCCCUGGUGUACUGGCAAGGUUGCCAUGUCAGGAAAUUCGUGGCUGGCGGUUUCGCAAUGGUUCAUUGCUGCGGAGCAACCACCCCAUCUGGCAGCCAUUGCGCCCUGGGAGGGUCUCACUGAUAUGUUCCGUGACUCGAGCAACAGAGGCGGCAUCGCAGCGGCUGCAUUCAACGAAGAAAUCAUUACAACUUUCUCAGGCCCCAAUUGGAUCGAAGAUGUGCCACGCAUGACUGUUAACCAGCAGCUCAUGAAUCACUAUUGGCAAGACAAGAUAGUACGACUCGAGCGAAUCAAGGUCCCAGCCUACAUUGUCGCUAGUUACACCAACGCUGUGCAUACUCAUGGCUCAUUUGAGGCCUUCCGCCGCAUUCAAAGCCAGGAGAAGUGGCUCCGUGUUCAUAACACCUCAGAGUGGCCGGACUAUUAUGAAAACGCUCAUGUGCAUGAUCUCAAUCGCUUCUUUGAUCACUAUCUCAAAGAAGAGAAGCACAAUGGCUGGAAACAGACACCAUCUGUCCGCCUUGCUAUCCUUGACCCUGGCCACCAGGACGAGCUCAACCGUCCUCAGUCAGAGUGGCCUGUCUCCGGUCUCGAAACCCGAUCGCUUUACCUGCAAGCGAACGGCUCUCUUAAUACCCAGGCUCCUGCCUCAGCGGCCACAGUUGGAUACAAAGUUGGUAGUACCUCAAGUAAUUUGACAUGGUCUUUACGCUUUGAAGAGGUGACCGAGUUGAUUGGAUAUACUAAGCUGCGUUUAUGGGUGCAGGCUGAUGGCUCGGACGACAUGGAACUGGCCAUCACCUUAGAGAAGACUGAUGCCAACGGCGAUCCCUACAUCGUCACAGGGGGCAGCGAGACAUCGGACAUUGUUUCGUCCACGGGAUACUUGCGUGUCUCAGCUCGCCACCUGGAUGAGGCGCAGUCUACACCCCUUGAGCCCUACCAAACCUUUGAUAGGGAGCAGCCACUGAGCGUUAAUGAGAUUGUUCCCGUCGAAAUUAGUCUUUGGCCAAUGGGUCUGCGAUUCCACCCUGGCGAGCAUCUGCGCCUGACAGUCGCGGCAAACACAGUUGUUCCUUCCGACACUGAGUCUGGCUUUGGCGUUUCCGCAGUUCCCGUGCCUGCUGCAGGGGGCACUUUCCCCGCUGCAUCGAACACCACGUUGAAGGUGCUUGGUGGGUCAAGCGAAUUACCGGAUAAUAUUGCCGCUCAGCGCGUUGCGACGCCAACAAGCCGCAACAAUGGCACCCAUUUAUUCCACGUUGGUUGCCAAUACGACAGCUACCUCCUUGUUCCCCUGAAUGUGACCUCCUAA